UAUCAGCUGGAACCUUGAUCUGUUUGAUUUCUUUUACUUGACCUGAUUUUCGGCCUUUAUGGUGAUGUUCAUGUUGGGUUCCCUUAAGCCUAUUCCCUUAUUAUAACGUAAAAUGUCCUUAGGAACGGCCAUAGAAUCUCUCACGGCAGCCUUAAAAUGUAAUAUAAUUCCUAACCAAGAAUACCUUCUUCAAGGGUCUGUCUUGGACCAAUACGUCGAAGUAUUGCUACAUCGCCUCCGAGGCUUGUGCGACAACGUAGAUAGUGGCCCAGAAUCCUUUAAUGAUCAUGAAUUGUGUUACUCUUUAAGAUCAAAUAGUGCAAAUGCCCCUCAAGUACUCUCUUUGAGAGUGAGGCGAGCAUUAGAUGUUACAGAAGCUCCCUUUCAGUUGAGAUAUGUUGGUCAGCAAGAGAUUGGUGAUAAGAAUAGGCCUACAGUUGUAAGGUCUUGUAUUGAUAUGGCUUGCAGCUCUACAAUAAUUGAUUUUUUGACAGAAUUAGGCUGUAGGUUAGACUUCGAAUACAUAGCAAGGGGAUACAUGUUCAGGAAAGGCAGAAUGAAAGUUACAGUCUCAAAAAUUUUUAAGCUGAAUGGAAUGGCCAGUAAACCAGAAAAUGUUGAAGCUAUAUCCCAGAGCUACUUGGUAGAGCUCUCAGUACAAGCCCCAUCAGGUCAAGAUGCCAUUGCUGAUGACAUGAGGAUAUUUGCUGAACAGUUGAGGCCUUUGGUGCAGCUGGAAAAGAUUGACUAUAAAAGACUGGGAAAUAUUAUGUAAGAUAUUUUGUACAAGUGAUGAUUAUAAUGGUUUCAUUAUUAGGUAUACAAUUAUAGAUAAUUCUUGGAAAUUUAAAUGCUUUUUUUAUAUUUUAUUUUAAGUCCUCAUAAAAUGUUAGGGUCAAGAAAUAUGCAAUUUUUAUAAAUGUUAAUAUUUUUAAAUAUAUUUGUAAAUAAUUUGAAAAUCA